AUGAAAUUAAUGAUAAUUACUGAUCCCUUUUCUCUCUUUUAUAUUCUUCUGUUUUUCUGUCCGAUAUCAAAUCAUGCUAUUCGAGUGACGUGGGAAUAUACACACGACGCACACAUAUUAAAUACUUUUAUGCACUUAUUGUUAUAUUUUUGCGAAUUUAUUGGAAACUUUAUUAAUAUCAGUGUUGACAUUUUUUACCAAUGGAAGCUUUAUGGUCAAUGUGGUAAGCAUGAUUAUGUGAAAAACUAA